AUGGAUCCAAAGAAGAGCCGCCUGAACUUGCCGGCUGGCCUGGAAUCGUCUAUGCGGCUCGAUACGUCGCUAACCCAUUUUCCGGUUAUGCCAAAGUCACCGUCGCCGAAGAAGGUAAUAUACGGUGACCGAUUUAUUCCUUGCCGGUCAUCUUCGAGGCUAGAAACCUUCACAGUGGUGGAGAAGUCCUCGCCGGCGAAGGAGGGAACUAACGAUCUAUAUUUGCGGCUACUGAGAGCCGAGCUCUUCGGUACGGAGACGUUUCCCUUGUCUCCGGCGGGCGGCGAGCAGGGAUCACCGCAAACCCCUAACAAGAACAUGUUCCGGUUUAAGGUCGACCACUCCUCGCCAAGCUCGCCGUUGUCCGGCAUUGUCACCGGCCAAGAUGGAGGGCCUGAGUGCUCCACGCCUCCAAAGCCGCCAAGAAAAGUAUCCAAGGCUCCACAUAAGGUCUUGGAUGCUCCCUCACUUCAAGAUGAUUUUUACCUGAACCUUGUGGACUGGUCGUCACAGAAUGUUCUCGCAGUUGGAUUGGGUACUUGUGUUUACCUCUGGAAUGCAUCAUCGAGCAAGGUGACAAAACUGUGUGAUCUAGGAAAUAGAGACGGUGUUUGUUCUGUCCAAUGGACUCGAGAGGGAUCAUAUCUUGCAAUCGGAACAAGUCUUGGAGAUAUUCAGAUUUGGGAUGGAACUCGAUCUAAAAAGAUCAGGACAAUGGGAGGUCAUCAAACAAGAACAGGAGUAUUGGCAUGGAGUUCUUGCAUUUUGGCUUCUGGAAGUAGGGAUAAGAAUAUAGUGCAGCAUGACCUCCGAAUGCCAAACGACUUCAUUAACAAGCUUUCCGGCCACCGAUCGGAGGUCUGUGGGCUUAAAUGGUCUCAUGAUGAUAGAGAGCUGGCAUCAGGUGGAAAUGACAAUCAGCUUCUAAUAUGGAACCAGCGAUCUCAGCAACCAGUACUAAAAUUCUCAGAGCACACGGCAGCAGUAAAAGCCAUAGCUUGGUCACCACAUCAGCAGGGUCUUCUUGCUUCAGGGGGUGGGACAGCCGAUCGAUCUAUUCGUUUCUGGAACACGAGUAAAAGUAAUAUGCUGAAAUGUGUUGAUACUGGUAGUCAGGUUUGUAGUCUUGCAUGGUCAAAGAAUGUGAAUGAAUUAGUCAGCACACAUGGCUAUUCUCAGAAUCAAAUUAUGUUGUGGAAGUAUCCUUCAAUGUCAAAGAUUGCAACUCUAACUGGACAUACAAUGAGGGUACUCUACCUAGCAACUUCUCCUGAUGGACAGACAAUUGUGACUGGUGCAGGAGAUGAAACUCUACGGUUCUGGAAUGUUUUUCCUUCAGUUAAAUCUAAGACAAUUGUUCGAGAUUUCGGAGCUUGGUCAAUGGGGAGGAGCCAUAUAAGAUGA